UCGCGCUAGAUAGGCGGGCGACGGCCCGGAGCGCGCCACGUGACGGGGGCGGUGGCGGCGGUCGCUGCUGCUUGGGGGGCGCAAGCUGUGAGAUCAUGGAGCUGAAAGGGUUGCUGUGUGUGACACUGCUGGUUCUUGGAACAGCUGUUGUCCAGGCACAUGAUGGUGAAGAUGACAAUGAUGAUGUAGUUGAUAUUGAAGAUGACUUGGAAGAUGGCAUUGAGGAGGUAGAAGAGUUGAAACCUGAAGCCAGCACCCCUCCUCCAGCCCCAAAGGUCACAUAUAAGCCCCCUGUUCCAACAGGUGAUGUCUAUUUUGUGGAAGCCUUUGAUGAUGGAACUCUGGCAGGAUGGGUUCUUUCCAAGGCCAAGAAGGAUGACACAGAUGAUGAGAUUGCCAAAUAUGAUGGUAAAUGGGAAGUGCAGGAACUGAAGGAAACGAAGCUUCCAGGGGACAAAGGACUUGUGUUGAUAAGCCGGGCCAAACAUCAUGCAGUCUCUGCCAAAUUGUCAAAACCUUUCGUAUUUGAUACCAAACCACUCAUUGUACAGUAUGAGGUAAACUUCCAAAAUGGAAUUGAGUGUGGUGGUGCCUAUGUGAAACUGCUUUCAAAGACCCCCGACUUGAACCUGGAUCAAUUUCAUGACAAAACACCCUAUACAAUCAUGUUUGGUCCUGAUAAAUGUGGAGAAGACUAUAAACUGCACUUCAUUUUCCGGCACAAGAACCCCAGAACUGGAAAGUAUGAAGAGAAGCAUGCAAAGCGUCCCGAUGCAGAUCUGAAGACCUACUUUACCGAUAAGAAGACCCAUCUUUACACUCUUGUGCUGAAUCCUGAUAAUAGCUUCGAAAUUUUGGUUGACCAAACUGUUGUGAACAGUGGGAAUUUGCUGAAUGACAUGACUCCUCCUGUGAACCCAGCCAGAGAGAUUGAGGACCCAAAUGAUGAGAAACCAGAGGACUGGGAUGAAAGGCCAAAGAUCCCAGACCCAGAUGCUGUUAAACCAGAUGAUUGGGAUGAAGAUGCUCCUGCAAAAAUUCCAGAUGAAAAUGCUGUGAAGCCAGAGGGGUGGCUGGAUGAUGAACCAGAAUAUGUAGCAGACCCUGAUGCAGAGAAACCAGAUGACUGGGAUGAGGAUAUGGAUGGAGAGUGGGAGGCACCUCAGAUUGCAAACCCCAAAUGUGAGUCAGCCCCUGGUUGUGGUACUUGGCAGCGUCCUGUGAUUGAUAAUCCCAACUACAAAGGCAAAUGGAAGCCUCCUAUGAUUGAUAACGUGAACUACCAGGGGAUCUGGAAACCUAGGAAGAUCCCAAACCCAGACUUCUUUGAAGACUUGGAACCAUUCAAGAUGACUCCUUUCAGUGCUGUGGGACUUGAGCUGUGGUCAAUGACAUCUGACAUUUUCUUUGACAACUUUAUUAUCUGUAAUGACCGAGCAGUAGCUGAUGAUUGGGCCAGUGAUGGGUGGGGUCUGAAGAAGGCAGCUGAUGGUGCUGCUGAGCCUGGUGUUGUGGGCCAAAUGAUGGCAGCUGCUGAAGAACGUCCUUGGCUCUGGGUAGUCUACAUCCUAACUGUGGCUCUGCCUGUGUUUCUUGUUGUCCUUUUCUGCUGUUCUGGAAAGAAACAGCCCAGUGCUGCAGAAUACAAAAAGACUGAUGCUCCUCAGCCUGAUGUGAAUGAGGAGGAAGAGAGAGAGGAAGAAAAAGACAAGGGGGACAAGGAGGAGGAGGAGGAGGAAGAAGAAGAAGAAGCAAAUGAAGAAAAGCUGGAAGAAAAGCAAAAGAGUGAUACUGAGGUGGGAAAUGCUAGUCAGGAGGAAGAGGAGGAGGAGGAAGAGGAGGAAGAAGAUAGAAAACCUGCAUCAGAGGAGGAAGAAACUGUGAAUAGAUCGCCCAGAAACAGAAAGCCAAGGAAAGAUUGAAAAAAUCAUAAGAACUUGAUCUCAGUUUUUUUCCCUCCCCCCUCCCCUGCCCCUCAAUGUGGUUCUGGGAGAGGACCUUGGACACCUUACAUUGAAACUUGGACAAACCUCAAGACUUCACCAUCCACAGGUUCCAGUCAAACACUAUCCGGUGUAACAGUGUCUAGCAGUAAAAUAUUUGCAAUCAUCUGUUUUAAAGAGCAUCAUUCCUAUAGAAAGAAUGCAGUUAACAUCAUGGGCUGUGGAUUUUGGAUUGUAAUAUAAAACUAACCUUUUUUGUUUUGGUUUUAAGUAUUUUUUUUGUUGUUGUUUUUCAUUUCAUUUUAAAUAGAUUGGUAGGAUUUCACUGGUCUCAACCUUGGCUUAAUUUACUGUGUUAAUCAGUGAGAAGUAACAGCAAAAAUCUAGAAAAAUGCUAGGCAAGUCAAAAUUCAAUUUUAUAACUAAUGGAUUUUUGAUUGUUUUUUUUUUUUUUUUUACAAAUAUGGAGAUUCUUAAACAUACCAAUGUCUGUAUUUCCCUAAAUUUGAUAAUCAUAUUUGAGCAAAGGUGGUCAGUGUGGCUUUAUAGCUUUCUUACCCUCCAUAAAGAUAUUGUGGUGGGAGGGAGGUUAAAUCCAUGUACAUAUGUAACCAACCAAACUGUUUAUACUCCAGCUUUUUGGGGGGUUGAGGGGAAAAAGCCUAGUUGUCCCACAAAAUAAAGAUGCUCCCUAUGGCUGCUGCCUGUUUAGCUGUUCAUAAUUGGCCUAGAAGGUGAGGGUGGGUCCUUUAAUGUGGUACUUAAUCCUGCAGGCCUCACAGAGGCUGGAUGUCUGGUUUCUUUAGUCCUUGAGGGGUUUCUUUCUCAAUAGGGCUGUUCUUCUUACUGUUUCCUUCCUUCUGUCCAGCCUCCCACCCCCGCUUUCUCUGCUACUAUGCAGCUUUGUCAGAGUGCAGCUUGGUUUCCACUGCUGAACAGUAAUUCAGGCUCAGCUCCUCAAACUUCUGUUUUUUUAAGCUAGGCUCACUCCUUUCCAGGAUCCAAAUGCUGGAUAGGACAGUGUCCCUAAUUGUUAUUGUUGUCACUGUGUAAACUCCUGCGAACAGGAAGGUGGCUGCAGAAUAGGCAGGUUGGACUAAAGUCUUUUAUUAAAAGCAAGAAUUACAGUAUUUUGUAGAUGGAAGAAGGAGCAUGUGGAAUGACUGGUGUGUGUAACUGUUUAAGUCUCUUAUCUGCUCUUCAUGUAACAGUUGCAUCCUAAAUUAUAUUGUGAAUGUAGGGCGUUCCAAUUCCAGCUGAAUAAAUUUUUUUAAACGCGUUGUGUCUAUUAUACUAUAUAUUUCUAUUUGUUUCCUGUGGAAUACAUGGGAGCAGAGCAUACCUCGAAGACCAAUACCUUUUUAUUACUCUUUACCAAAAUAUACUGGGACAAUGGAAGGUUAGAUGUCUUACUGAGAUUUGCUUCUGCCUUUUGGUUAGAAUAGUUAAGUGUCCUAACUCCUAUUCUCCUUGCUUUGAAUAUAAACACUCCAAUGUUUCCAUUGGGUGGGAGGGUAAUUGGGUGUGUUGUAGAGAAGAAUUAAUGAUGAGGUAAACAUCUUUGUAGUAAAGAUUAAUGCAAAAUAACUUGCAUUUAAAAAGAAAAGCUCUUGCUGCCUGUAUUCUGUGGUUGUCAAGCUGAAAUAUCAGUGACAUGAAUGCAUGUCAGGGUUUCUUGAAGUGUCUGCAAUGUACAAAUAAAACAUUGUAACCAAGAUGCUGAAAUCUAAAUUUUAUUUCCAUUCUGGGACCAUUGGCUUGUAGAAUCCAUGUUUUUCCCCAAUACCUGGUUAUAUGUCGCGUUUACCUCCAAAGUGGCUUAUACCUCAGCACUGGAGUAUGUUAUGAUUUAAGUGUUGCUAUUGUUUUGUUCUCAUGAUAGUAGCUUAUUUUUUAUAAAGGUGGUUCAUGACUUUCUAUUCCUACCCAAAUGGCCUGGCCAGCUUUUUAUAGAUGGCCAUAGGUUAGCUACUUUCUUGAGCACAACACAGGUCUCUUUUUCUUUUUUCUUUUUUUCUAAAUGAUUUGAUCUAUAUGCAUAUUGCUUUAACUACGCUACCCUUUUCACUUUCUGUACACACACUCAAUUCCAAAAUACUUCUAACAAAAUUCUCAUGUGCUGCUUAAAACAGCAACUAUGAAAUAAUACUGCAUUUAAAGCUGAUUCUAAAAUGUUCUGCUUCAACUAGAUCUCCUGAAAUAGUCUUGUCUGCAUGUCUUGGUUUUCUUUUGAUACUGUAAUAUGACACUUAAAUAGUCACUACAAUAAAUGGUGACUUCACAAUGCAUUUAGAAAAACUUAAGUUUGAAAGAUGACUUUGUUCUGGGUUUUAAGUCUGGGUUACAGUUUAACAGGUUGUCACGUUAACUGUCAAUUUUGAGUAAGGAAGAAGACGUAUAUAGUAAGGGUAGCCAUGUUCCCUAAAUACUGAAAGUCUAGUUAUGACGUAAAGCAAAAGUUGGUCUGCAUAUAAAACUGAAUUCAGUCUUAACUUUGUUGGACAAUGUUCUUUUAGCAAAAUAUUGACAGUGGAUGUUGGUGUCUGUUUUUACUUGGCAUUUUUUUGCCUUCUGGAAUAAGUAUGGGAGUGCUGUAAACUAGCUCUCUUAGAGAAUUAUGAACAGUAAAAGAGGUGAUAGAAAUAUAGCAAACUUACUAACCUUCUGGUAAGAAAUAUGUAAAUUGGUCUUUCAGACUAGUUAUGUUAAUUCACUGGAUAACCAAAUAGAAAGUGCAUUGUACAAUGCAUUGUUAAUGUCUAAAUUUGGAUUUCUGGGUUGGAGGGGGAUGUUCUUACAGAAGUAUUCACUACUGGUAAAGGUGUUCUGUCUCCUCUACAUAUUGCUCCACUUAGUCUGUGGCAGCAAACUUGGUGCUAGUGACCAGUUUCUCUGCACCCCUCUGCCUUCCUCUAAUAUGUUUGUUUCUAAAUGCCAGUAUUGCCUCGAUGGUUUUCAGAAGCAAAAUCCUCAAGUGUUACUAAAAAAAACUGUGACUUCUCACAGAAAAGACCUGUCUGUUCAUUUAAAAAUUAAUUGUAGAUGCAGUAUGCAUAUAUAAAUAUUGGAUAAAUUAUAAUGUAAGUUUACUCUGAUUAAUAAAGAAACUUAAAUCUA